AGUCUGGUUUUGCACUGGGAUUUUAUUGGACCUUCGGUAUCUGAGGAGCUAAAGAAUCUCUGAAAUAACACAGGAUUAUCCCUCAAAGGCCUUUGCUUUUACGGAAUAACGGAACUCGCAUCUCUAACGUAACCAUGACCAGUGCUACAUCCCCCAUCUUGUUGAAAUGGGACCCCAAGAGUCUGGAGAUCCGCACUCUGACUGUGGAGAGGCUGCUGGAGCCCUUGGUCACACAGGUGACCACUCUGGUCAACACCAGUAACAAAGGUCCGUCGAGUAAGAAGAAGGGCCGCUCCAAGAAGGCACACGUUUUGGCCAUGUCUGUGGAGCAGGCCACACAGAACUUUCUAGAAAAGGGCGAGCAGAUUGCCAAGGACAGUCAGGACUUAAAGGAGGAGCUGAUCUCUGCUGUGGAGGAGGUGCGCAAGCAAGGUGAGACGAUGCGUGCCGCUUCAUCAGAGUUUGCCGAUGACCCGUGCUCUUCUGUGAAGCGGGGUACAAUGGUCCGGGCAGCCCGUGCCCUUCUCUCGGCUGUCACCCGCCUGCUUAUUCUUGCUGACAUGGCUGACGUCAUGAGACUCCUGGCCCACCUCAAAAUUGUGGAGGAGGCUCUUGAGGCUGUGAAGAAUGCCACCAAUGAGCAGGACCUUGCCAACCGUUUUAAGGAGUUUGGAAAAGAGAUGGUCAAGCUAAACUAUGUGGCUGCUCGAAGACAACAGGAGCUGAAGGACCCUCAGUGCAGGGAUGAAAUGGCAGCUGCUCGCGGGGCUCUGAAAAAAAAUGCCACUAUGCUGUACACUGCAUCACAAGCCUUCCUGCGUCACCCGGACGUGGCAGCUACCCGUGCCAACCGGGACUACGUCUUCAAACAGGUCCAGGAGGCCAUCGGGGGUAUUUCCAGUGCCGCCCAGGCCAACUCUCCCACCGAGGAGAAGCACGGGCAUGCCGGCAUCGGUGAGCUGGCUGCUGCGCUCAACGAAUUUGACAACAAAAUUAUUCUGGACCCGCUAACGUUUAGCGAGGCUCGUUUCCGACCAUCGCUGGAGGAACGUCUGGAGAGCAUUAUCAGUGGCGCCGCCCUAAUGGCCGACUCGUCAUGCACACGCGACGACCGCCGCGAGCGCAUCGUGGCCGAAUGCAACGCCGUCCGCCAGGCUCUUCAAGACCUGCUUAGCGAGUACAUGAACAAUACGGGAAGGAAAGAAAGGGGUGACCCGCUGAACUCCGCCAUCGACAAGAUGACUAAGAAGACUCGGGACCUUCGCAGACAGUUAAGGAAGGCUGUGAUGGACCACAUCUCUGAUUCCUUUCUGGAGACCAACGUUCCCCUGCUGGUCCUCAUCGAGGCAGCCAAGAGUGGCAAUGAGAAGGAGGUGAAAGAAUACGCCCAGGUCUUUCGCGAGCAUGCCAACAAGCUGGUGGAGGUGGCUAACCUUGCGUGCUCCAUCUCCAACAAUGAGGAAGGGGUGAAGCUUGUUCGCAUGGCUGCUACACAGAUUGACAGCCUUUGUCCUCAGGUGAUCAACGCUGCCCUGACACUGGCGGCCCGUCCCCAAAGCAAAGUGGCUCAGGACAACAUGGAUGUGUUCAAAGACCAAUGGGAAAAGCAGGUGCGCAUUCUGACUGAGGCUGUGGAUGACAUCACUUCCGUUGAUGACUUCCUCUCUGUUUCAGAGAACCACAUCCUGGAGGAUGUGAACAAGUGUGUAAUAGCUCUACAGGAGGGGGAUGUAGACACAUUGGACCGGACAGCGGGGGCAAUCAGGGGUCGUGCUGCCCGCGUGGUCCAUAUCAUCAAUGCCGAGAUGGAGAACUAUGAACCUGGCGUCUACACUGAGCGAGUUCUGGAGUCUAUCAAGCUGCUGUCUGAAACAGUCAUGCCCCGCUUUGCUGAGCAGGUGGAGGUAGCCAUUGAAGCCCUGAGCACAAGCCCGCCACAGCCGUUUGAGGAGAACGAGUUCAUUGAUGCCUCGCGACUGGUCUACGAUGGUGUGCGCGACAUUAGGAAAGCAGUUCUCAUGAUAAGGACACCUGAAGAACUGGAGGACGAUUCUGACUUUGAACAGGAGGAUUAUGACACUCGUAGCCGUACCAGUGUCCAGACUGAAGAUGACCAACUCAUUGCUGGCCAGAGUGCUAGGGCCAUCAUGGCUCAGCUCCCUCAGGAGGAGAAGGCCAAGAUAGCUGAGCAGGUAGAAAGCUUUCGGCAGGAGAAGAGCAAGCUGGACGCUGAGGUGGCUAAGUGGGACGACAAUGGCAAUGACAUCAUUGUGCUGGCCAAGCAGAUGUGCAUGAUUAUGAUGGAGAUGACUGAUUUUACCAGGGGAAAGGGGCCACUGAAAAACUCUUCCGAUGUGAUCAAUGCAGCCAAGAAGAUUGCAGAGGCUGGUUCCAGAAUGGACAAACUGGCCCGUGCUGUCGCCGACCAGUGUCCUGAUUCAGCCUGUAAACAAGACCUGCUGGCUUACCUGCAGAGAAUCGCCCUGUACUGUCACCAGCUGAACAUCUGCAGCAAAGUUAAAGCUGAAGUCCAGAACCUGGGAGGAGAGCUCAUCGUCUCAGGGCUGGACAGCGCUACAUCCCUCAUCCAGGCAGCCAAGAACCUGAUGAACGCUGUGGUGCUGACAGUCAAGGCCUCUUAUGUGGCUUCCACUAAGUACCAGAAGGUAUACGGUACAGCUGCAGUCAAUUCUCCCGUUGUGUCUUGGCGCAUGAAGGCACCGGAGAAGAAGCCGCUAGUAAAAAGGGAGAAGCCUGAAGAGUGCCAGACUCGCGUUCGGAGGGGUUCCCAGAAGAAACACAUCUCGCCAGUGCAAGCCCUCAGCGAGUUCAAGGCUAUGGACUCGUUUUAAUUCCGUAGCUGGAAAGCUUCAAGGCUUAACCUCCUCCCAAAUUCUUCCCAACCUUUUCUUUUUACCGUCUUCUGCCCAUGGCUUUCCAUAUCCAAGUCGUGUCCAGUUUCUUAAGGGUGUUGGAGUGGAAACCUCCAGCCUCGGUCUUCUUAAGAACUAAGUGCAUUUCACUACAAGACACAAACACAUGGAUGAGUGAUCUGUUUACCGUCGGAGCUUCAGUACAGUUCCUGUGGUGUCUCUUAGUUACCAGUGUUAACUACUGACUAGCCAUAUUUUACAGAUAAAGAAAAUACUCGGUGCGUUAGAUGUCGGCUCUAGAUGUUGAGGUAUGCUGAAGCUCCUAAUAAACUUUGAAAACUGAAUAUGGCUCGUAGAUUUAGAAAUAAUUUAUGUUGAACCUUUUUUUGUCUUUUGGUGCUCCAUAUAAUCCACCUGGUGACAUUUAACAUGUUGCCAUUUAUUUAAUUCUAUUAUUGCAUCACUAACUAUAAUUAUUGCAGCCUGGUUGGUCAUGGUGUUGAACGUACUCCUAGAAACGUAAUAGACCGAUCUGACUUGUUGUGUGGUUUGCUCGGAGAAUAAGUAGAAUCCUGCAUAUCUUUAUAGUCGCAGUUCUCUAAUAAACCUUGCAACAGUG